AUGUGGUGCUGGACCGUGUGGUCCUGCAUGAACCGCAUGGUGGCCAAGGUGACCCGCCGAAACGAGUUCAUGGCCGCGCAGAAGACGGCGCGGGACGUGAUGGACGGCGAGGAGGACACAAUCGUCACGUCUAUGAAGCGCUUCGCCAACGACGCCAAGUGUGUGGGGUACCUGGAGGAGUUCAGGGCCGAGACCGAGGCCAAGAUCGCGUCCUACCCUGGGGCCUUGGUUCAGAAGAUGAGGGACGACCUCACCGAGCGCGCCGCGAAGCAGCUCCAGGCCAGCGCGUCAUUCGAGGCUGGCAUGGGCGCCGCCAUGUAG